AUGACCUAUACUAACCAGUUUGAUUACCUAGAACUAACCAGGCUCCCCCUCGCUGUGUCUGCCGGGAGGGACAGAGACUGUCUACAGGCUGGGGACACCUGCUCCAGUGAUGACGCGUGCAGCCCUCGUCUGCGGACGCUGAGACAGUGUGUGGCGGGGGACGGCAGCGUGAAGCUGGGCCCUGGGGCCAGGAACCAGUGUGAGAACGCAGUCACGGCCCUGCUGUCCUCCCCGCUGCACGGCUGCCAGUGUAAACGAGGCAUGAAGAGAGAGAAGAACUGCCUCAGUAUCUAUUGGAGCCUGCACCAGUCUGUCCUGCAUGGACUGAGCCUGGUGGAGAGUUACCCUUACGAACCCGAAGAGAGGGGCUUCGACUACGUACGCCUGGCCUCCAUCGCUGCAGGUGAGUCUGUUGGCAUAGCGACGGUGAACCGUUGUCUGGACGCGGCGAAGGCGUGUAACGUGGACGAGACGUGUCAGAAGCUCCGUACGGAAUACGUCUCGGCCUGCAUCCAGCCGUCGGCCCGCUCAGGCCCCUGUAACAGAGCCAGGUGUGACAAGGCUCUCAGGAAGUUCUUCGACCGGGUCCCUCCUGACUACACCCACCAGCUGCUGUUCUGCCCCUGCACAGACACGGCGUGCACUGAGAGACGGAGACAGACCAUCGUACCAGCCUGCUCCUAUGAAGACAAAGACAAACCCAACUGUCUGGCUGCACUGCGACUCUGCAGGGCUGACUACGUCUGCAGGUAG